UACAAGUGUAAUAUGGCUGGAAAACCUGCUGUACUUACACGUGUUGUGGACAGUAUGAUUGACAACUUAAGACCCACUCGUGCUGAAGCCACUGAUGUUGCCAAUGCUGUUUUGGAUGGCAGUGAUGCAAUACUUCUGGGUGCUGAGACCUUGCGUGGGUUGUACCCUAUUAAGACUAUUUUCACUUUUGGCAGAAUUUGUUCAGAGGUAAUUUCAUUUCAUAUCUCAGUGGAAUAAUCAAUAAUACACUAUGGUAUGACUGACCUGAGUUCAUGCAAGUAGAUUUCCAUGAUAUUAACAAGCAAAAUGAGAACAAUUAGAAGAUUAGUUUAGUCAUUUAGAUUCAUCUUCAACCUUAGCACAUUAUAAUAUUAACAGAAGUCAGAACAUAGAUUCAUUUUUAUUAUUUUCUCUUACUGUCUUAUGGUGAUUUAUCUUGUAUAGCAUUAGAUCUGCACUACUUUUGCCAAUUGCUUGAUUGAAAUCCUCUGAAUCAUAUGAAAUGUUCUCCCGUUUUAAUUGUCACUGAAAGUGUUACUGUUGGCUGAUAUUUCUGCCUU